AUGACUCAUUCUCGUAUGAGUUCUGAUUUUGUUACUGAUUUGAUUGUUGAAGGUGUUCGUGAUAAUCCAUUGGCACGUCCAGUUCAUGUUGUUCGGAAUUUUAAGUUAGGGUAUGGGCUGAGAGUUAAUUAUCGUCAAGCUUGGUUGGGGGUAGAGAAAGCAAAAAGUGAGAUUUUUGGAGACUACUUAAUGUCAUUUGACCAGUUAAGAUGGUAUAUGGAUGUUGCAAAGAGUUGCAAUCCAGGGAGUUACAUUGAACUUGAGUGUGACGAUGAUACUAAACGGUUUAAGAGAUUAUUUGUUUCUUUUCAUGGUUCCAUUAGUGGAUUUGAUUAUUGUCGACCUCUCUUAUUCCUGGAUGGCACAUUUUUGAAGGGAAGAUUUAGAGGAAAUUUACUGACUGCUACAGGAAAAGAUGGAAAUCAAGGGUUCUUUCCUGUUUGUUUUGCAGUUGUUGGCUCAGAGAAUCAAGAUAAUUGGAGCUGGUUUUUGGAGCAUUUGAGUAGAAUUGUUUCACCAGAACGAAAUAUUACAUUUGUGUUAGAUCGUAACCUUGGAUUAGUUGAAGUGUUGCCAAAGGUUUUCCCAAUGGCUUUCCAUGCUUAUUGUUUAUAUCAUUUGAAGAUGAACUUGAGGCAUCAUUUGCGUGGUAUGUUUCAUGGAUUGAAAGAAAAGCUGAUCACUUUGUUUGGGAAAUGUGCAUAUGCUCCAACUGAAGAAACAUUUCAUCAAUGUUUGGUUGAGUUAAAGACUGAAGAUUGUAAUGUUGAUGGUGAUAGUGAAGUUGUUCUUCCUCCUUUGUCUAAGAAGCAACCAGGAAGGCCAAAUCAGAAGAGGAUUCGUUCAAAUGAUGAGAAAGUGAGGCAAAUUACUUGUAGUAGAUGUGGGAAGGUUGGCAAUCACAAUAAGAAAUCGUAUAAGAAGGCUUUGUGA